GAGCCUUGAAGGUGCCUGGUGGGUGAGCCUGGCCAGGAGCACGCUUCUGUCCCGCUGCGUUCUCCGGCCGUUUCGGUUCCUCUGAGUGCUGGUUGCAGAAGGAAGGCCGGGGCUUGUCUGUGAACCCGAAGCAAGUCCCCCGGCAGGACCAGACCCCGCGCCGGGAAUGCUGGAUGGCGGCGCCUAGGAGAGAAGGUGCGCUCAGCAAAGCCAUGUCACUGGAGGGAGAUGAAUGGGAGCUGAGCAAAGAAAAUGUUCAACCCUUACGACAGGGGCGGAUCAUGUCCACGCUUCAGGGAGCUUUGGCGCAGCAAGAAUUGGCCUGUAACACUACUCUGCAGCAGCAGAAACGGGACUUUGAAUCUGAAAUUCGAUUUUACACUGGAAGUGACCCUCUGGAUGUUUGGGAUAGGUAUAUUAACUGGACCGAGCAGAACUACCCUCAGGGUGGGAAGGAGAGUAAUAUGUCAACAUUGUUAGAAAGAGCUAUAGAAGCACUACAAGGAGAAAAACGGUAUUAUAACGACCCUCGAUUUCUCAAUCUCUGGCUUAAGUUGGGGCAUUUGUGUAAUGAGCCUUUGGAAAUGUACAGUUACUUACACAACCAAGGAAUUGGCAUUUUACUUGCUCAGUUCUAUAUUUCGUGGGCAGAAGAAUACGAAGCUAGAGAAAAUUUCAAGAAAGCAGAUAAGGUUUUUCAAGAAGGGAUUCAGCAGAAGGCUGAGCCGCUGGAAAGGCUGCAGUCCCAGCACCGACAAUUCCAAGCUCGAGUGUCUAGGCAAACUCUGUUGGCACUUGAGAAAGAAGAAGACGAGGAUGAAGUUUCUGCGUCUUCUGUACCACAAAGAAGCUCACUGGCUGAACUGAAGAGCAAAGGGAAAAAGAUAGCAAGAGCUCCAGUCAGCCGUGUAGGGGGUGCUCUCAAGGCUCUAAGCCAUAACCGAGCAGUGCAAAAUCCACUUCCGGGGCGGAUGCAGAGUAACUCUAGAGUCACAGUCUUCGAUGAAAAUGCGGGUGAGACCUGCGGCACCGAGGUGUGUGUGCCCACAGCCGAGCCGUGGACCGCCCGCCCUGUGACAAGGGCCAAAGAGAACGAAUUGCAGGCAGGCCCCUGGAACGCGGGCAGGCCUUUGGAGCACAGGCCUCGUGGCAGUGGCGCUUCAGUGAUGACCGAGCCCCCCGCACUUCCCAGCUUUACUCCGUACGUGGAGGAGACGGCACAGCAGCCAGUCAUGACUCCAUGUAAAAUUGAACCCAGUAUAAACCAUAUUCUAAGCACAAGAAAACCUGGGAAGGAGGAAGCAGAUUUCCUGCAAAGAGUUCAAAGCCAUCAGCAAGACUCUGGGGAGAAGAAGGAGAAGAUGAUGUACUGUAAGGAGAAGAUUUAUGCAGGGGUGGGCGAGUUUUCCUUUGAAGAGAUCCGGGCUGAAGUUUUCCGGAAGAAAUUAAAAGAGCAAAGGGAAGCUGAGCUCCUGACCAGUGCAGAGAAGAGAGCAGAAAUGCAGAAACAGAUUGCAGAGAUGGAGAAGAAGCUGAAAGAAAUCCAAAGCACACAGCAAGAAAGAGCCAGCGAACAGAAGGACGUGGAGAUGCCUGCAGAGGAGACUGGUGGGCCAGGAACUGCUUCUGCACCUCAGGAGGUGCCAGGCACGGUGCCGUCCACUUACAUUUGUCCAGUGACCUCGGCCAGAGAGACUUCAGCAGUAAACAUUUGGCAGGACCAAUCUCAAUGUAAAAGUCCCAGUAUACCAUUCCCCAUUUUUGAUGAGUUUCUUCUGUCAGAGAAAACAAACAUCAGCCUUCCUGCAGAUUCCGCACAGGCUUCAACCCAACGAAGACCCCUUUCAAUUCUCAAAACUUCAGAAAGCAUCACUUCACCUGAGGAUGUGUCUCCAGAUGUUUGUGAUGAACUCACAGGCAUCGAACCUCUGAGUGAGGAUGCUAUCAUCACGGGUUUCAGGAAUAUGACCAUUUGUCCGAACCCAGAAGACACUUGUGACUUUGCCAGAGCAGCUCGUUUUGUGUCCACCCCUUUCCACGAGAUAGCAGCCUUGAAGGACCUUCCUCCUGACGCUGAGCGACUGUUGCAGGUAGAAGAUCUAGACGGGAAGGCCUGUGAGGACCAGCAGAUCGCCUGUGGCACUAUCUACAAUCCACCUCUGAGCAUCAAGAAGCUGAGCCCAAUCAUUGAAGACAGCCGAGAAGCCACACAUUCCUCCGGGUGCUCGUCCUCCUCCGUCACGAGCACCUCCUCCAUCAAGUGCCUCCAGAUUCCUGAGAAGUUGGAGCUUACCAGUGAAAUUGCAGACAACCCCGCUCAGUCACCUUGGUGUUCACAAUAUCGAAGGCAACUGCUAAAAACCCUUCCAGACCUGUGUGCCUCCAUGGAAUUUUUCACAGAAGACAGGCCAAUGCCUAAGUUGGAAAUCGAAGGGGAGAUUGAGUUAGGUAAUGAGGAUUAUUGCAUUAAACAAGAAUAUCUAACAUGUGAAGAUUACAAAUUAUUUUGGGUGACACCUAAAAACUCUGCGGAAUUAACCAUAAUAAAGGUAUUGUCUGAGCCCGUCCCAUGGGACUUUUAUAUCAGCCUCAAACUAAAGGAACGUUUAAACCAGGAAUGUGAUCAUUUUUGCAACUGUUUUCAGUAUCAAGACGGCUGUAUUAUUUGGUACCAGUAUAUAAACUGCCUCACUCUACAGGAUCUUCUUCAGCACCAUGAGUUCAUUACUCACGAAAUAGUGGUGUUGGUUAUUUAUAACCUCUUGGCGGUAGUUGAGGAGCUGCACGCAGCAGAGAUAGUCCACGGUGACCUGGGGGCCCGGAGUCUGGUUCUCAGAAACAGAAUUCAUGAUCCGUAUGACUGUAGUAAGAGCAAUGAAGCCUUGAAGAUAGUGGACUUUUCCUACAGCGUCGACCUCAGGACACAGCCAGACGUUUUCGCUCUCAGCGGCUUUCGGACUGUACAGCUCCUGGAAGGACAAAAGAUCCUGGCUAACUGUUCCUCUCCCUACCAGGUAGAUCUGUUUGGCAUAGCAGAUUUAGCACAUUUACUAUUGUUCAAGGAACAUCUACAGGUCACCUGGGAUGGGUCCCUCUGGAAACUUAGCCAAAAUAUUUCUGAGCUGAAAGAUGGUGACUUGUGGAAUAAAUUCUUUGUGCGGAUUCUGAAUGCCAGUGAGGAGCCCACAGUGUCUGUUCUGAGGGAACUCGCAGCGGGCCUGAGCGGGCUGUUCGAUGCCACCUUCCAGAGUCACCUGAACAAAGCCUUAUGGAAGGUGGGGAAGUUUGUCAGUCCUGAGGUUUUGCUGUCCCAGCAAGACAGACAAGCAGACCUCCCUCAGGUUCCUAAGACCAGUGGCUGAAGUUUGGGAAUAACAGACCGGUCUACGCUGUCGUUUCUUGUAGAUAGAUUUAGACGCGCUACCAACAC